GUCACACUGGCAACUGUGCAAUGUGCAUUCCCUCAUCCCUGCUCGAUUCCUAAUUCCCAUACUCUUACAAAACGUACAAAUUGAAAUUACAAAUUCUUCACGUUUACAAAUUCUAAUUGUUCACGUUAGUGGGUCACACGAAUAAGUUAGAAAUACUGAACAAUAAUAAAACACCUGGUGAUUUAGAAAACCUGUGUUUAGACUUUAAACGGUUAAUCAAAAUGCCGUUGCCACCCGCUUUAGCAGCUCGUCUCGCUAAGCGUGGAAUUUUAAGUGCAAAUAAGACUGAUCAACACACAAUACAUGCUAGUGAAGAGAUCAUAGCCGAAGAUUAUGAUAACAGACCGGAAGAGUCAACGCUAAAAGAAAACUACUGGGAAGGCAUUGAAGGAGUUAACGUUGAUCCAAUUAAAGGGCACAAAGGUUGUCCCAAUAAGAGUAAUAUUUACCAUGAAUGUUCAAAGUUCUGUGUUAAAACCUGGAAACAAGGUAAAGUUACGCCAAGUGAAAAUUAUUUAGAAAACAAGCGUAAACUCUUAGAACUGUGGCCUCUGCCAGUAGGAUGGGAGGAAAUUUAUGAUGAAGGAACAGGAUAUUACUAUUUCUGGAAUUUACAUAAUAAUUUGGUGUCAUGGUUACCACCUUCUCAUCCUCGAGCUUUUCCUAGUGAGAGUGCAGCCCAUUUAAGAGAAGAAAGAUUGUUGAAAGAAGGUGAUGAAAGUGACGACAGCAGUGACACGUCAGAUCAAGAAGUGCCCCAAAAACUCAAAAAGGAAAGAAAGAUUAAUAGAAAAGAACAGGAGCGCAAUAUUGUUCAUCAUAGAGAUAAGAAAAAACAUAGAGUUAAAGAUAACGAUUUGGAUCCAAUGGAUCCUGCGGCUUACUCUGACAUCCCCCGUGGAAACUGGACUGCUGGAUUGGAUGCUCAUGCUAAGACCGGAGUCGACACCACAGCUUCUGGUUGCUUAUAUCAAAUGAGGCCCUAUCCAGCACCUGGUGCUAUACUUGCUGCAAAUGCUCAAAAAAGUUUACCUUCCCCAACUUACAAUUAAAGAAUUUAAAUUUCAUAAACUGUUAAUAUAUAAUGUAUGUAGUUGUGGUUACCUACACUUAAUAACUAAAAAUAUAAAUUUUUAUGUUUGCACAAUGUAAAAUAAAACAAGAAGUCAUUGAUAUAUUUUAUUUACAAAAAAAACAAUCUUUCUUAUUAAUAUCUUAUAGCCACAAAGUAUGCAGAAUUUAAUAUUGUUAUUAAAUGCAACAUACAGUAUAGAGAAAUUAAUAGUAACAGUUUCUUUGUACAUGUUUUUCAGCAUCCAGGAGAGUACAAUGAAACUGCUAAAAUUGGUAAAAGUCUUUCAUCAAGUUAUAAAUCUUGAUGAAUUAGCAAAUUGUUUCAAAUGAAUGUGUUAAGUUAUUACAGCAAGGUUUUUGUUGUUCUUUGAGCAACUCAUUACUCUUUACCGAGUAGUUAGUUCCGUUCCGUUUCCACAUAUCCCCUAACUAAACAUGAGUGCAAGAGGACGGUUGCACUGUGGCUAUUGGACCUCAACUAUGAGGAAACAGAAAAAAUGCUGACAAUAAUUAAAUAGUUGAGUUUAGAGUUGAUUUUUAGUAUAAUAGUUUUAGCUUUAAUAGACUAACACUUAAGUAAUAAAAUAUAAAACAUACACAGACACACACACAUACACAUAAUUUACACAUACACACAUACCCCAUCUGGUUUCCUCUAUAUAGCAUAUAUUGUAAUGUAUUGUAUUGUAUCUUCUGUCAAUCCGAAGUAGUGGAGGCCUGAUGACCUGUAACACAGGUACUCUUAGUUCUUACCUUUGUCAGGCAUCAGUCUCACACAGACUUGCUUUUUCCAUUAACAGAAGUGAGAAUAUAACUGUCACUUGCCUAUGUUCUAAGUUUAAGUUUUUGUGAGAAAAAUAAAAAAAUAAAAUAGUUA